CCUCUCUCUCCACCAUCAUCGCAACCGUCAAAUAGAGUUGGAUUGUUUACUUUCUCGCGACCUCCCAAUCCAGCUUACCACAUAUCGAUACGCUAUCAUGAAUACUCAAAGAACAGCUUUUCACCUGCUCAGGCGGUUAGGCGCCUCGCAUUGUCGCCGCACCUCCAAGUUCAGCACAUUCCCAGGCGGCAUCCCUCCCACGAGUGGCGGCAUCCCUAUGCCAUACAUCACAGAAGUAACAGCUGGAGGCUGGCGAACAUCCGAUAUCUUCUCCAAACUGCUGCAGGAACGGAUUGUCUGCCUCAACGGAGCCAUUGAUGACACAGUUUCAGCUUCGAUAGUUGCGCAGCUUCUCUGGCUCGAAUCGGACAACCCCGACAAGCCAAUUACGAUGUACAUCAACUCACCUGGCGGCGAAGUGAGCUCUGGGUUGGCUAUUUACGACACCAUGACCUACAUCAAGUCCCCGGUAUCGACUGUGUGCGUUGGUGGCGCCGCAUCUAUGGCGGCUAUUCUUCUGAUUGGAGGCGAGCCAGGGAAAAGAUAUGCGCUCCCACACAGCUCCAUUAUGGUCCACCAACCGCUGGGAGGGACACGAGGACAGGCGUCAGACAUCCUCAUCUAUGCGAACCAAAUACAAAGGCUGCGAGACCAGAUCAACAAGAUUGUACAGAGCCACAUCAACAAGUCCUUUGGCUUCGAAAAGUACGACAUGCAGGCAAUCAAUGACAUGAUGGAGAGAGACAAGUACUUGACGGCAGAGGAAGCCAAGGACUUUGGUAUCAUUGACGAGAUCCUACACCGGAGAGUCAAGAACGACGGAACGAUGCUGUCCGCAGAUGCGAAGGAAGGGAAGCAUUAA